AACAUCCAACCGUCUCAUAAUCGCCGUCAAUUUUUAGGUGGGCAUGCCCCAUAAAAUCGACGCUACCUCGUGCCAUUAACCCUCGCCAGAUCAACCGUUUCUCGAACCAACACACCUCCGCGGACAUGGCCGCGUACAGGGUCGCGGCGGUGAUCAAGAACCCCUCCGACGAAGACGAGUUCCUCGUCGUACGGCAGUCCCCGCCGCCGCCGCUCCAGGAGGAGGAGUACGGCCGGUACGUCGACUCCGAUCUCUGGGACUUGCCCUCGGCGCCGCUCACUCCCCUCGCCGGCGACCGCCGCUCCGAUGCGGCCGCCGUCGAGGGCGCCGAUUCCGUCUCCGAGAAGCUCGACCUCGCGAAGUUCGAUCUCGGUUCCGCGCUUCAUCAGGUGUUGAUGCAAGUGGGUCCAAUAAUUGCUAUUAAUGGAAAAUGGGUCCUUCUUAAGUAUGUAGAAGAAGCUGAAUUUGGUCCAGAACGCUUUGUUAACACACUUUUUGUCCUCGGAUCAAUAGAGAACAAAGGAGAUCCUUUACAAGAAACAUGUAAAUGGAUGUCAAAUGAAUGUGCCCUGAAGUUGCUUUUGGAAGUCAAACCCUGUGCUUCUCGUCUAGGACCUUUAGUGGUUUCUGGUCUUUUGACACAUUCAGUGGUGCCAUCAAACUUGACAGAUGCUACCAUGCUGCCUUGCCAGGAAUACCCUCCUGGAAUAACACUUGUGCCAAUGAAGAGUAGAACGACAGUGCCUUUUCGAACAACUAAUCUAGUCAUUGUACAUCCAGACAAGGCUGUCAAUGCAUUAAGUGAUUCGAGUUUUGUUACUUCUGGUGACACACUUAUAAUGGAUCCUGGAUGCUGUUCACAAUUCCAUAAGAAACUGGCAGAUCUUGUAGCGUCCCUUCCAAGAAAGUUAGUGGUCUUUGUUACUCAUCAUCACUAUGAUCACAUUGAUGGUCUCUCAGUUGUCCAGAGAUGCAAUCCGGAUGCAAUUCUUUUGGCACAUGAAAACACGAUGAACCGCAUUGGGAAAGGAAAUUGGUCUCGUGGGUACAUUAAAAUAACUGGUGGGGAGAAGAUUUGUAUUGGCGGCCAGCAAUUGGAAGUUAUUUCUGCUCCGGGUCAUACUGAUGGUCAUCUUGCUUUGCUACAUAUCUCUACAAACUCGCUCAUUGUUGGUGAUCAUUGUGUAGGUCAAGGUAGCGCUCUUUUGGACUUCACAGCUGGUGGAAAUAUGAAGGACUAUUUCAAUACAACAUACAAGUUCUUGGAUACGUCACCACAUGUUUUGAUUCCUAUGCAUGGUAGAAUCAAUCUCUGGCCCAAAAGGAUGCUUUGUGGGUACCUCAAGCAUCGUAGGGAUCGAGAGGCCUCCAUUUUGAAAGUCAUUGAGGAUGGGGCUGAAACUUUGUCUGACAUUAUUGGAAAGUCAUAUGGUGAUAUUGACAUAAAGUUGUGGAUUCCAGCUUCAUCAAAUGUGAGACUUCAUGUUGAUCAUCUUGCUUAUCAACAGAAGUUACCAAAGGACUUUUCCAUGAAGAAAUUCCGAGCAUCUUGUACAUUUCAUUUCGCAUUUCAAUUUAUUUGGAGAUACAUGAAGACGAAAAUGUCUGCCACAAUGCUUGUGGCCGUUGGAGUGGCAGGUCUAGCCAUUGCAUAUGCCAUGAGAAAGAAGUUCAAUGCAUAAAAUAAGUGGAGCACCCAAAAAAGUCUUAUGCCAGGAGAAUAUCCAACAUUCAAUUGAAAGCAAUAGGUAUCAUUCCUAUCUAAGUAUGUAAGCAGAGCCUAAACGAGUCUCAAGUAAGCAUAUUAUUUUGUUCGAAAUUUGCACUUGGAGCUUUUGUUUCUCCGUUGAGCAUGUGUAUGACUGAUCCAAAAAGGUGACUCUUACGUAUCUAGCUUUAUCUCUCUGUUCUUAAUAUAUCUAUGAUAUUGAUCAAUCUUUUC